CGAGGACAUUCCCGCUAUUAUGGGUCGCGCUGACCGGGGCUUGCUUUAAAUUUGCCUGUUCUUCUCUUCAAAUUGUAGAUUUUCCUCCUUUCCCGCCCGGAAGACAUCCAGUCGGGUUGCAGCUGUGAUUCCCAGACGGUAUAGACAAAAGCGUGCCGUGAGCCAUCGCCAUGUCGGACGGCCAUCAGCUUCCUCUUGCGCUGCGGCGCUCGCGGCGGAGCAGCCUCGGGCCUCUGAGGCUGGCGCAAACUGCGGCGGAAAAGUCGCUGCCUACGCCCGAGUCCUCUGCCGCGUCGACGCCGAACAAGAAGACCGGCAGGCCAAAGAAGCGCGUGCGGUUCUCUGACCCCGGCCCGCUGCUCGCGGGCAACGAAGACGAGCUUUCCACCGGCCUCACCCCGAUGAUCCGACGUGCCACUCUCUCCGCUAAGCCCUUUCGGCGACACUCUACCCCGUCGCGGCUCUCGCACAGCGGCGGCGGGCUGUUUAGCGGCAGCGGCGCGGACCACCAGCCUAGCUCGCCGCUGCCGGUGAGCGGCGAGGUGCACCUGCUUCCGCUGCGGCAGGUGCUGGACGGGCGGAUCAAGCGGCGCAUCCGCCGCAACGGGCUCAGCGAGGAGAUGAACUCCAUCUACGCGGAGCGCAAGAGGAAGGCGCAGGACACGCAGGCCGAGAUAGGCCGGCUGCGCGCCGAGCUAGCGGCCAGGGACGACGAGAUCCACCGCCUGCACGACGAGACCAUCGAGGUUGACACGGAGCGCGUGUGGGACCUCGAGCGCCAGGUCGAGGACCUGAAGCGCCAGCUAGCCGCCCAGUCCAGCAUGGCAGCAGCUGCCGCCGCUGCAGCAAUGGUCCCGAGCAGCCCGGCCUUUGAGUGGACGGUGGCCGCGCGGGAUCCCUUCUCGGAUGACUUUAUGGACGUCGAUGCAACAGAGCCACAAGAUUAUGACGACGACGACGACGACGACGACGACGACGACGACGAGUUCGGCGCAACGACAAUCGCCGACCUGGCAUGCAGCACGCCGACGCGCCGCAGCAGCAACAAAACACGCAACACCUCAUUCCCGACGCCGCCCACGACCAGCCCGGCAGCAGCAACAACAGCAGCACAGACGAUCCCUGACACGCCGUGCUCGUCGCGCCGCCGCCUAAUAGACCUGGCCGGCAGCACACCGUGCAGCAGCAUCAGCACGACGGGCGUGCAGGCGACGCUUCCGGACCUGGAGAAGCAGCAGCUCGAGGACGAGCUGGCGGGACUGCAGCUCGAGAUGUGCAAGCUCACGACGGCGCUCGAGGCGUACGCGGCGCUGACGGCCGGCCUGGCGGACAAGUUGGCGCCGUUCUCCGCCGCGCAGCAGACGGCAUCGUCUUCUCUAGGUCUUGCCGACGGCAAUGUCGAUAACACCACCACCAAUAACAGCAGUAACACAACAGACAGCAGUAACACAACAAAUAGCAACACAACAAACAGUAACGCCGCCCACUCCGGCCUCGACGCGCGGCUGACCAGCGUCCUACAGACCCUGGCCGACCGCACCGCCGCGCUGUCAGAAGUCAACAGCUCGCUGCACAGCCUGGGGUUCGCCGGCAGCGACGCCCUCGAAAUCAUAUCCUCCAUCGCCUCGUCCCUGCGCUCUGCACGGCUCGAGCUGGAAUACGCCACGCCGGGCGAGGUCGCUCUCCCGCUGACCUCUGCCGGCGCAGCAGUGCUGGACCUACUGCUGGCCCGGCUGCGCGAGCUGGCCCGCCGCGCGCGCGAGGCCGACGACUCCAUCGACGAGUACCACGCGCUGGAGCAGUCGCUGCGGCAGCAGCUGGGCGCGCGCGUAGACGCCAUGGACAGCCUGUCGGCGCGGCUAGGCGCGGCUGAGGCGGCGGCGGCCGGCAAAGACGUACGGCUCGCCGAGCUCGAGGUCGGCAUCGACCGGCUGCGCGGCGCCGUGGGCCGGUACGAGCGGGACGUGGCCGAGCUGGAGGCGCUCGUGCAGCGCAUGGACGGCGAGCUGGCGGCGGCGAAGCAGGGCGGAGAGGGGCUGAGGAAGGACAAGGCCGAGGCGGUCGAGGAGCUCGAGGUGCAGCUCGUGGCCGCCCGCAGGCAGACGGCGGCCGUGCGCGGCGAGCUGGCGGGCGCGAACAAAGCCCACGGCGCCGGGCUGGCGCUGCGCGACGCGCGCGUGGCCGAACUGCGCGUCGAGCUGGAUCGGGUCAAUGCUUCGCUGCGGGCGGCGCACGAUACUGUCGCGCAGCUGCGUGUCGAGGUCGCGCAGCUGGGGAAUGUGAAUGCCGCGUUGGUGGGCGAGAACAAAGAGCUCGCCGCCCGUGUGGAAGGGGACCGCCGCAGGGCGAGGGGCGUCAUUGAUUCCAUGAAGGCCGAGAUCGAGCGCGUUGCGAGGACGAGCGAGGGGCUGCUGGCCACGCCGAAGAGUAGUGGAAGCAAGCAAAAUGCUGGGCGGCUGCUGCUGCUGCCGUCGGCGGCGUCUUCGUCGGGAGGGCGGGACAGUGGUGUCGGUGCGGAGGAGCAAGAGGACAGGGUCGGCCUGGUCGGGUCUGUGACGACGCCGGCGGGUGUGAAGGUUGGCGGAGGGGUUGGGCUGUUCUCGGGCGAGUUAGCCAAGAAGGCGACCAAGAGCAGGAAGCGGAGGCGCUAUGACAGCGGCUUGGGGUUUCUGGACGAGGAGGAGAUGGAGGGCGACGUGUCGAUGUUCUCCGUCGACGGAGACUGGGACCCGCACUGGGAAAGAGACUGGGAGGACCUCCAAGAUUACGACAUGUCGGUUGUCUCUCUGGCUACCUCGGACAAUGGUAGCCAGUCGAGAGGCCUUACAAGCAACCUCUUUCAACAAGGCUCAGAGCCUUCAGAGUCUGUUGAUCCCGCGGACUACCGCCUGACUUCGCUGCAGGAACUUGGUUUCUCUGAACUUCGUGUCAGUAAUAAUAAUAUCUCUUGUCGCAAACCCUACGAGUCGGAAGACUCUCCCUCAGACGAGGAAGAAGAAGCCAAGAAACGGGAACAACUCGCGGAGGGGGUUCUCGCGUGGAGAGGCUCGGUCAAAGAAGCCUCGCAACCCCAAGCCACGUUCUAUAACAUGACAGCUCCGAAUGCUAGGGCCAUUCGGGGCAUGCUUCAUGUCCUGGGGACAAGGAUCGACAAUGCAAUCUACUGUUCCGGGAAUCUCCCAGUUCCAUUCAUCAAGCUCUCCGGGGCUUCUGUCAAAGCACUUCGUGCUCCCAGGAACCAGCUCCCUGAGCUGAACCCGAUGAUUGAAGGGUACAUCCAGGCCUGGCGCAACCCAAUUUCGCCGUCAAUCUUCCCUCCGUAUCCUCAUCCGAGCGUUUACACCUGGAUCGCCGGCAUGUUGCGGAGCGUCUCGUCCCUUCAGGGCCUGACCUUCAAGAUGCGGAAUCCGGAGCUCAUCCCAGACUUCAAGGAGGCAGAACGUUCUCAGGAGGUUAUGAGAUGGGCCGAGAGCACGUACACCGGGUUUGCGUCAGUUUGGGCGGACUUGGGUGACCUAGAGGACUACAUGGCCAAGUCUCUCCCUCAACUGUUCAGCGAGUAUGAGAACUUGGCUCUAGACUAUAAGCUGCCAUUCUUGAAGGCAUCAUCGAGUUUACAACAUGACUCAUCCGUUGGUACCGAUCGGCAACGCCAGGAGAGUGUAACUGUCAAUUUCUACUCUAAAGUUGACAUUUCCUCGCUCAGCCUCGUCGACCAGUCGUGGCUGUUAGGGUGGGAGUUGGCGAAUUUACGCCAUCUCACUCAACAAGCAAUGGCUCGUAUCCGUGAGCAGAUGCUUAAGUGCAAGCGGAAGUCAAAGAAGAGCGGAGUCGGUCGUGGCUCCAACAACAACAACAACAACAACAACACAGUCGCCAUGCGUGAAGUGUGGCACAUGUACGACGAUCUAGACAGGACGCUCGGAUAUCUAAUCACUUCUGCCCAAGACAUGAACGACGAGGCGGCCGUUCACAUCAUCAUGAAUCUCAGGGCCGAGGAGAUUGGCAAGUUUUCCCGGGAGCUGAAAAGCACCCUCAUUGCCAGCGGCUACGCUAGCGGCAUCGGUACUGGAUGCGCAUAUUCACGGUAUAGAAAGGCACCAAGAUUUGGCCAGCACGUGUAUUACCGGAACAAUGUUCGGCGGGAUUGGAGUCACGACAGCUGCAGCGACACCGACAGCGGCGAUAGCAGUGCAAGCAGCCAGCACACAACCCCAGACUGGACGCAAUCUCUGCUGGGCGUGGGCAUGGUUCCAGCCCGCAACAACGGAAUCCUCGCAUUGAAGAAGCUUCCCGAGGUUCCGCCUUUCGACAACACGAAGCCAUUCCCUGCGGCGUUGGCCAGGCGCUGGGGAUACGACCUCGAUGAGGUCAAUCAAACCAUGGUCAGGACGACGGGUGCGUCAGCUCCGACACGAUUGGCAUCGGCGGAGAACCGCGCCACGAGCAGUACUCCAGCCAAGGACUUCGGCUCAAUCUCGUCGGCACUGGCGCUCAAGUUUGGCGUCAACAGUUCUGCCGGGAAUUCGGGCCCCGUGUUCGUAAGCAAGGCCGUCGAGUGGCUUUCCCCUUCGGAGAGUCAAUCCCGGUUUGCCGAAUGCGGCUCCAGCCGCAACCCCGAUCAUUCGGCUCCCAUCAAGGAGCCUGAGCAGCUUACAUUCCCUAAGCUCAAGCCGCCCUACAGAAGGUCCCAUCGGAUGCGCAGCCUUCUAUCAUUCAACUGGGCUGGUAGAAAGGUUGCCACGGCAGACGCCAGCACCAGUGUCGCCACCAGGUCGGCUCGAGGUUUGGAGGCCCUGUCAAUGAGCUGGGCUAGUACCCAGGUCGCCACGCCAGAGGCGAGCACCAGCUAUACUGCCACCUCUGCACGGGGCUCAGAGGUUAUGUCCAUGAGCGAGGACUGUGAAGGCUCUAUCUCAUCCUUGGGUGGCAAGGGCAAGGAGACCCCCCUCAAGUCUCCUUGCAGCAGCUUCGUUGGGAAUGUCCAACGUGCUGCCCUGAAGGCGAAAGAAGUGCCACCGCUUCAAAACCUUAGAGAAAUUGGUCGGAUUAUGACCAGCGCCCUGACACCCACGGGGCCUCCCCCGGGCCAAGUUUCGCGGCAGCAUCGGGACUGA